AUGGCACCGACCAACGCGGCGAUUGCUGGCUUGUUGAAGCAGGCCGUUUAUUAUCAUCUCGACAAUCUUUCGUACCAGAAUGCCGUCUUCUUCGCCGAGAGGUUACAUGCCCACGAUCAGCGUUCCCCCGAGUCCGCCUUCCUCCUCGCUCUCUCUCAUUACCGUUUCGGCGACUCUCGAUCGGCAUACGAAGUUAGCAAACUGCCAGGGUGUCGGGGGAUUCAUCUCGGGUGCUCGUACAUCUUCGCGCAAUCCUGCCUAGACCUGGAACGGUACAGGGAUGGGAUUACCGCAUUGGAGAAGGCUCGCCCGUUGUGGGCAGCCAAGUGCAGCAUCGGAAGGCACACAACUUCUGCAAGGGCACCAUAUCCCGACGCAUCUUCAGCGAGCUGCCUCCUAGGCAAGCUAUACCGAGCAUACGACGACAAGAAAAGGGCGGUUCCUUGUUUUGAGGAUGCGCUGAGAGCGAACCCCUUCAUGUGGGACGCCUUCACCAUCCUGUGCGAUAUGGGCGUCAAUGUUCUGGUACCGAAUAUCUUUCGACUCAAUGACACUUUCGCUCGCAGCUUCGACCAGGAGUCCGGCGCGAAUAGCAUUGACUCCAGCGGAGGACCUCCGGACCCUUUACAAAGAAAAUCCGGCAUCCAAGGUGUCAGCCAGGAAAGUGAUCCCUUUGAGAACCACCGAUCGACGGCGUUUCAGGACGUUUUGAGCAACAACAUGCUGUUUGUCGACCCUGGCGAGAACGAUUCGAUAUCAAGAUUGACCGCCGGGCAUUCAAGGUAUGCGGUAACGAAACAGGGAUCCGAUAGCAUGGAAACACCCACUGGCCCUAUCGCUGUCCCAGACCCCCAGGCCCCUCGCAUCGCCUACCCUUCAGAGCCACCAUUAGCACCGGCUCGCCGAACACGGGGAACCCAGGCCUCAGAGCCCGGCUUCCUCGACGCUCCGCCCAAGAUGAGCUACCGUCUAACCUCCAAGAAAAGAGACAGGGCACAGGAGCAGCUGGUGGAACCCCCAGAAGCGCCCAUGAGGGGUUCUGCUCUUUCUCUGGCCGCCACCGAGAGGAAACGGACGGCAUCAGGACACCCUGUACAGCCACGCCCAGCCAACUUUGAGGAGCCGAGGAGGAGCGCGAGGCUGAACGUGGCCCCCAGGACGGCUUCAAGGUCCAACACUAACAUCACGACGGCUGGCGUGCCAGUCACCCGCGAGUUGAAGAAGGCCAGACCUCCGAUCUCGAGAAUUGCGCGGCCGGGCUCUAGCGGCACCAGCGUUGGCAGGGUCGUGAGUGGGAAUCGAAAGCCGUUGGAAGAUAACAGCAUGGACAUUGAUCAAAUUGAAGUCCCUCGGGUCAAGGAACUGCCUGCUGUGCCAGCCCCGCCAUCGAAGCCGCUCGACCCUGAGCCGGUGAAGGCAGAUGAGGGGCUGAAAUGCAUUCUGGAUCUCCUGAGAAAAAUGGCGUCUGGAUAUCGGCUCUCAUCAUCAUUCCAAUGUCAAGAAGCCCUGACCGUCUUCUCGACGCUCCCUCGGAGCCACCAGGACACACCGUGGGUGCUGGCGCGGAUGGCGAAAGCCCACUACGAGUUGGCUAAUUAUGCCGAGGCCGAGAAAAUCUUUCGCCGCCUUCGGAUGCUCGCCCCAACGCGGCACGAGGACAUGGAGUUCUACUCGACCGUUCUCUGGCAGCUGAGAAAGGGGACCGAACUCUCCUUCCUCGCGCAUGAGCUCACCGACAGUGCGUGGGACUCACCGCAAGCCUGGUGCGUUCUAGGGAAUGCAUUCUCUCUGGACUGCGAACACGAACAGGCCCUGCAGUGCUUCAAGCGAGCCAUCCAGCUCCAUCCGAAAUUCGCAUACGCGUACACUCUUCAGGGACACGAACACGUGGAGAAUGAGGAGUAUGACAAGGCUUUGGUGUCGUAUCGGCGCGCGAUCGCCGCGGACAAGCGGCAUUACAACGCCUACUACGGCAUUGGCAAAGUCUACGAGAAGCUGGGCAAUUACGACAAGGCGCUGAGCCACUAUCACGCCGCGCUGGUGAUUCAUCCGACGCAUGCUGUUCUGAUUUGCUGCAUGGGCACAGUGCUGCAGAGACAGAAGCAAACCGUUCAGGCCCUUCCUUGGUUCAUCAAGGCGGUCGAGCUAGCACCCAGGGCUCCUGAGAUGCGGAGCAAGAAAGCCGGGGCCUUAUUAGCUAUGGGACAGCUGGACGAAGCAAAGAGAGAGCUGAUGAUCCUGCGGGAUAUCGCGCCAAACAAUGCCCAGGUUCACUUCCUGCUGGCCAAGCUCGCCAAGACGCUGGGGGACAAGAGGACGGCAGUGCGCCACUUCACCAUAGCCUUAAGCUUGGAUCCAAAGGCGAACGGGGAGAUCAAGAACGAGAUUGGGGCACUCGAGGACGACGACGGCUUCGACGACUCGAUGAUGCAUUGA